AGUUAAAAGAAUGAAAUUGGCUGAUAUUAUGACAAUACUAGAUAGCAUAGAUAUCAUUAUGGGAGAAGUUGAUCGUUGAAAUGAUAAUUGAUACAAUGGAAGUCCAGGAUAUAAACUGCUUUUAUGGAUUGAAAUCUUUCAAAGAGGUCUAUGGAAUUCUAUGGAUACUUGUACCAAUUUUGAUUCUUGUCUUGGGAAUCACAAUAAGUGUACUAGCAAUUGUAUGGUUAGAAAGAGAAAUAUCUGCGGGGGUACAACAGCGUAUUGGACCUGAAUACGCCGGUCCUUUUGGAAUUCUUCAAGCUGUAGCAGACGGAACAAAACUACUAUUCAAAGAGAAUCUUAUUCCAUCUAGGGGAGAUAUUCGUUUAUUCAGUAUCGGACCAUCCAUAUCAGUCAUAUCAAUUCUAAUAAGUUAUUCAGUAAUUCCCUUUGGCUAUAACUUUGUUUUAUCUGAUUUCAAUAUAGGUGUUUUUUUAUGGAUUGCUAUUUCGAGUAUUGCUCCCAUUGGACUUCUUAUGUCAGGAUAUGGCUCUAAUAAAAAAUAUUCCUUUUUGGGUGGUCUACGAGCUGCUGCUCAAUCGAUUAGUUAUGAAAUACCAUUAACUCUAUGUGUCUUAUCAAUAUCUCUACGUGCGAUUCGUUGAAACCCAAAAACCUAUUUGAUGCUAUUGAUAUGCUCCUCUCUUUAUAGUACUAUAUAGGAAAGGAGGCGAAUAAAUUGAAUAGAAAACUUCAUUAA